AUGGAUGAUCCACGAAACAUCACAGAAUUCUUCAUGCUGGGACUCUCACAAAAUCCUGACGUGCAGAGAGUUUUGUUUGUGCUCUUUUUUAUUGUCUACCUGGUUUCUAUUGGGGGAAAUCUCCUUAUCAUUAUCACAAUUAUCUUCAGUCCCUCUUUGGGCUCACCUAUGUACUUUUUCCUCUCAUAUCUAUCCUUUAUUGAUACUUGCUAUUCCUCGUGUAUGACUCCCAAACUCAUCGCUGACUCUUUAUAUGAGGGGAGAACUAUUUCAUUUGAGGGAUGCAUGGCUCAAUUUUUUGUCGCUCAUUUAUUGGGAGGAACUGAGAUCAUCCUGCUCACUGUGAUGGCCUAUGACUGCUAUGUGGCCAUCUGCAAGCCCCUGCACUACACAGCCAUCAUGACCAGGCAUCUCUGUGCCAUGCUAGUGGGGUUGGCUUGGCUGGGGGGCUUCCUGCACUCCCUGAUUCAGCUCCUCCUGGUCCUUCAGUUGCCCUUCUGUGGACCCAAUGUGAUCGAUCACUUUGUCUGUGACUUGUACCCUUUGCUGGAACUCGCUUGCACCAACACGUUCGUCAUUGGUCUGCUGGUGGUGGCCAACAGUGGUGUGAUCUGCUUGUUGAACUUCCUCAUGCUGGCUGCCUCCUACAUUGUCAUCCUGCACUCCUUGAGGUCCCAUAGUGCAGAGGGGAGACGGAAAGCCCUCUCCACCUGUGGGGCUCACUUCACUGUUGUUGCCUUGUUCUUUGUCCCUUGUAUAUUCAUAUAUAUGCGGCCAUCAUCCACUCUGUCCAUAGACAAAAUUGUGGCUGUGUUUUACUGUAUUUUGACACCUAUGUUCAAUCCUCUGAUUUAUACCCUGAGAAAUGUAGAGGUGAAAAAUGCUAUGAAAAAUCUCUGCAAAAAAUGA